AAGUUGUCAUAUGCACAUUAUAUGCUUUCAGAUAUAGCUCUCUUUUGUGAAAUAUUUCCAGUAUUACACAUGUAUUAGAUAUGAAUGAAAUAAAAUAUAGCCAAAAGUUGAUGAAAAGACAAAACGAAUUUCUAUGUCGUUCUCUACACAAUGUAAAUUUUACGUUUAAUUUCCAUGUAUGCAAAUGAGGUCCAUAUUUAUAUAUGGUUUCAUUCAUAUGGUAUCUGUACAAUAUGGCGGGGUACACCAAUAUUUCUAUAACCUUGUUAUUGCUUUUUCUGGCAGUUCUUUACAGUUCUGCACAACCUCCUUUCAAAAAAUUUGAGUACAAAUACAGUUUCAAAGGUCCACAUCUAAUCCAGAAGGAUGAGACGGUUCCAUUUUGGCAGUACGGAGGAAGUGCUUUGGCCAGUGAUGACAAAGUUCGGGUGACCCCUUCCCUCAGAAGCAGAAGAGGUUACAUCUGGUCUAAGAUGGAAACUGAUUUUGAUUGGUGGGAGAUAGAGGUCAUCUUCAAGGUCACAGGACGUGGUCGAGUAGGAGCUGAUGGACUGGGUAUCUGGUACACCCAAAACAGAGGAGACGAAGGAGGCGUGUAUGGAAGCUCCGACAAAUGGAAUGGAAUGGGACUCUUCUUUGAUUCCUUUGACAAUGAUAAUCAGAGAAACAAUCCUUACAUUCUAGUCGUGACCAAUGAUGGCACCAAGAUGUAUGAUCAUCACAACGAUGGAUUGCUGCAGCAGAUUGGAGGAUGCAUGAGAGACUUCAGGAAUAAACCAUUCCCAGUCAGAGCCAAAGUAGAAUACUAUAAGAAUGUUUUGACAGUAUAUUUCCACCAAGGGUUAAGUUCUAAUGACCACGACUACGAGCUUUGUCUGAGGGCGGAGAAUAUACAUCUUCCUCAGAGGGGGUACUUUGGUGUGUCGGCAGCAACGGGUGGUUUAGCAGAUGAUCAUGAUGUAAUGAAGUUUUUAACUCACAGCCUUGCUACACCAGAAUCUAAAAUUGAUAAAGAUGGCUUCAUUACAGAUGAAGAGGCUAAAAAGUUUAAAGAUGAAUUUGAUGAAUUCCAAGGGAAAUUACAGCAACAGAAAGAAGACUUUCGUCAGCAACACCCGGAUAAGAUCAAAGAUGAUUAUGAUGAUAGCGAUUCAUUUUUUGAAGAUGAUUUUACCAGAGAAUUGAAGCUCAUUUUGUCCACACAGAAUGCUGUUAUGCAACAAAUAAAACAUCUGGGAAAUAAAUUAGAUGAGAUAGUCGGUCGUCAAGAGAGGACACUCUCCUUGGUGUCUGCAGUUCAAGCUUCUUCAGGAGGAGGGGGCGGGGCACCUCCUAUACAACACACCGGUGGGGCAGGGUCUGUAAUACAGAGACAUGAAAUAGAUUCACUUCUAAACACUCAAAGAGAAUUACACCAAUCAGUUAGAGAUAUAAGAAAUGUAGUAGGUGAUGUUCAGAAUAAAGCAGGUCUGAUAUAUAAUCGUCAGCCAACCAAUCAGGGAGCACAGAUGAAUCAGGGGAAUCCCCUUGCAAAUCACGAGAUGCUAGAUAAAAUCAACUCUAUACAAGACAGUGUACUCAAGCUAACACGAAGGCCUGAGACACAGCAAGCAAUAUGUCCACCAAUACCAGAUAUGCCUUCAUGCCUCACACCAACAUUAUUCUUUGUUUUUGUACUUAUUCAAUUUUUUGUGAUUUUUCUCUACACAGUAUAUAGGAGUAAACAAGAAGCAGCAGCAAAGAAAUUUUAUUAAAACAGGGAUGACUUCAAACAGAGAAUACAUUAUUAUUAAUGGGAAACUAAUUUUUAUCAGAAUAUUGGUUUUAUUACUUUGUGUUUCUUCAAUGUUGCUUUAUGGACAUUAUGUUUAUUUGCAAAAUGGAACAAAGAGUGAGUUCUGUUACUGGUCAGUAUUCAAAUUCUUGCCUCAAGGAAAUUAUCAAGGAUGAUAUCUCUGCGCCUUUGAUAAUUUCUUUAAACUUUCCUUCACCUUUAAUUUUACUCUGAAGUAUCAGAGCCUCACUCUCACUCCAUAUACAGCUAGAGGAUUUUAAACUACCACAUAAGAGUUUGAUAUAUUUGUUGGAAUACAGUAGACCAAGAUAUAAUAGGUCAGGGGCCCGUUUCAUAAAAAGUUACACAUUUUGUAACUUGGCAAUUAUUGCAACUACCAUGGAAACCUUGAUCGUAAUUGGCUGCUGAGCCCCGUUACCAUGGUAGUUGCAAGUCAUUUAUGAAAUGGGCCCCAGAUGACAAGUUCUACUGCUCUUUCUUAAUGUUUUCAGAAUUGAAAGAUGAAUUUCAAACCUGUACCUUCCAUCAUUAAAACAAUAGAUGAUAGUGUUAUAAUAGGCUUGCAUCUGGGCCCCUUUUCACAAACUUGAAUUCCAUGGACCUCACAGUGUGCUAAUAGCUAGUUAAAAGCAUCUUUUUUAAAGCAUGUGAAAAAGGGGCCCAGGUUUUUACUUUGCAAGUUUGUAUGUGGUUGUUCAAUGAUGAGAGAAAAUAAUUAUAUAUAGUGAGUCAAUAUAAGUUAGUUGUAAGAGAAGUCCUUGAAUUUGAAACUAGCCCUCGACCAUUAUUACAUAUAAAAAUGUCAUUGACAAAAUCAUGGAAGAUUGAUCUAUUGGAAGAAUACAGGUAUGCAUGGUUAUACCUUGAUAUCACUUCAACAUUUGUUAUAAGAUUUCUCAGGAGUUCUGACCAAAUGGGACACAAAACAUGAAAUACGAUAUCUUCACACAAUAUGGUCAGGCAACAAAAUUCAUAGGAAGUUAUUCGGUCACUUGUACAGUAUAUACAUGUAUUUUGAAUUACAAGACGUUUGUUUCUUCCAAAAUAAAGAUUUGUUAAAUUUGAAUUGAAAAUUCAAAACACAAGAUCAAAGGUAUUAUAAAAUUGGUGCUUGUAAUGUCCUCCUUAAAAAAAAGAUAGUAAAUAGAAAAUUAUAAAAUCAAUUAAUGUCUUCAUGAAGGGAUUACAAUAGUAAGCUAUCAAUAUAGCCUUAUUUGUAAAAUGAAUUGAUUGUACAUCUCAUUUGCAUGACUUCCAGUGCAAAUAUUUGGAGCAACUCAAAUGCAGAUAUUCCCCAUAUUUCAUUAAGAAAAAAAAAAUGAUUUCUGACUUUCUAUUGGCUGUAUCAGUUAGGUAACACUUAUAGGAUAUUGGUUAUGAGUAUCACAAUCAUUGUUUAUGGUGUAUGUUAAUGUUGUAACUGCUGUUUGUAUGCAUAUUAUUGUUGAUAAGUUAUUACCAAUAUUAUUUGUAUUGUCACUCAUUUUCAGUUCUUUCUCACUGAUAUUGAAACUCAAGAUUUAUAAAGACUAGAGUUGUUAAAAAAAUUAUUUGACUUGUCUUUAAAAGUGUUUUUUUCUUUUUGUAUGUUUUUGUCUUUUAACCGUUUUCAUUAUGCUAACAAUAUUAGGGAAAUCAGGAUCUUUAUUUUAGCCUGAUGUGGUUUGAAAUAUUCAUUUAUCUAAUGCUUCAGACUUUAUUCUCUUCAAAGAUUUAGUUCAGCUUCUUCUUAUUCCUCUCUUGUUACAUUUAAUAAUUUCAAAAUUUAUUCCUAAAAGGGACUGAUAUUAAUAGAGCAUUUUAGUCUAUUUAUAUAUUUGUCAUUUUGAGAUAUCUAUAUGAUUUGAGGUUGUACUGUGAUAUCCAGUAAUACUAGUGAUUCAGAAAACUUUUUUGAAAAUUUGUUCAGUUUAGUGGAGCUUUUGAAGGUGAUUUGAGCCUUUUUAGGGAAUCUCCUACUGAUUCUAGAUCUGGUCCUUUAUUUUGUCCCUGUUCUCAUUUGGGUAGAGAGAAUUUCAUCUCAAAUACCGGGGAUUUUAGGACCAUAAUGUUAAUAUUUACCACCAAAAAUUAAUGUUGCAAUAUAUUUGACAAGUAAUGAAGGCUUUCAAUAUAUUUGUUUUGUGUAAAAGAGGCAUUGAGUUUUCUGAUGUUGAUUUAUAGGGGAAUCCAACUGAAAGGAAGUUAUUUGAAAGAAAAUUCAAUAUAGGACUAACAGUAACAAGUUAUGUAUUGUAAAUGGAUUCAUAACUUUGUUUCUUUACUCUUUAUUUACUUUGAAAAAGUUUUGGUUUUUUUAUUUCACAUAUAAGGUUGGUUUCCUCCUUAGUUGAUGUAUUGUACAGGGCUAGGUAGAGAUGAGUCAUUCUGCCCCAGUCAAGUCCAUUGGUACAUCCAAUCUUUUAUGUAAUGCUCUUACCUUGGGAUCGGCUGUACAAAAAAGUUGAUCAGAUUUUGGGAUUUGCCCGGCAGUUUUUGUAAAACUCUUUGACUAUGACAAAGGUUUGGCUUAUCGUCUUAUGCAAAAUUAAUGAUUUGUGCUAGAAUAUAUUGAUCUAUAUUGCAUACUUCUGUACUUCCCUUUUUUUUUGAAGUUCCAAAGAAAAAUGAGUACCCAAUGCAAGUUAUGUUUUAUUAUUUUUGUCAUGUUUUAACCUUCAUCAGCAUUUUUUUUUUUUUUGCAUACAGCAUAUAUGCAAGUAUCACAUGUACACUUUUCUCAUUUGGGUCUGAGCUACCUUUUUUUGAUAUAUUCUUUCAUGUAUUCUGUAAGCUCGAUAUCUUGGACAUUCCAAUGCUGUAGUAGCAAACAUUUGUGUUCUGGUGCUUAUGUGUAUGGCAUAAAUACUACACAAAAUGGUGGAUUUGGCAAGUUCACUGGUCAGUAUUCUGAUUAAAAGUUUCACUUGUAUUGGAUUAAAUCUAGAUGAUAUAUCUGAUUUUGUUGGUGCACUAAUAAAAAGGGACUGAAUUAAAGAUUUUCUUAUAGUAAUUGAAUAUUUUGAUGAUCACCAUUAAAUAACCAGUGAUUUCAACCAGAAUUCAGAACAUUUUAUUUGUACCUGUGCAAGCUAUAUUAGAGGACAUGACUCCUUAGUAAUCAACCAAGAGUCCUCACUGCUGCCCAUACACAUUAUGUUGUUCAGUUAAUGUUUGUAUAUGUGUGCAUUUCAAUCUUUUCUUUAUUUCAAAAUCUGUGACAUUUAUUGACAAUAAAUUCUACCUUUUAUGUUUUACUUCA